AUGGUUGCUAAGGCACUUUUGGUAAUCUGCGCUCAGGCAUUCUUGAUCCAGAGCAUAUCCAGCUUAUACGCUCCAUUCGGACCCUACAAUGCCGCAUACGGACCAGCGAGCGCCCUGAACGCCCCAUGGGGUGCUGCCCUCGCCAGCCCCUACGGACCAGGUCUUGACACUCCCUACGCCCCCUUCAACGCUGUAGCCUCCGCUGCUGCUUCUAACGGUGGACCUCUACCCGUUGCCAGCUCGUCUCCAGUCCCCGCUAACGGAGUGUCAGUACUCUCCGAGAACAGAAUCCAAGGGCCAUUGGCUGUGGCCGGGGAACUGCCGUUCUUGGGAACAGUUGCCCUGGAAGGACCCCUGCCAACCUACGGUUCUGGUGCCGUCAACUUCGGAGCCGGAAACGGAAACGUCGCCAUCACCAGGGAGGAAGCCCCGGCCUACGGCUACGGACGUUACGGCGCUUGGGCUUGA